AAUCAUUUAUCUCAAAAAUCUCACAUGUUAAUAAAAAUAAAAAUUAAUAACAGUAAUAUAAAUCCUCAGAUCUGUACCUACUCUUUUGACUAACAUAUAUCUUGAUUCAUUCAAGAAAGAAAGAAAGAAAAAAAAUGUCGUCAGGAUGUGCUCUAUUGCUAGAGAUCCUAUUCGCAGUUCUUUUCCCUCCUCUCGGAGUUUGUCUCCGAUACGGUUGCUGCACUAUUGAAGUGCUUAUAUGCUUGCUCUUAACUUUGCUGGGUUUUAUUCCUGGGAUAAUCUAUGCCCUCUACGCCAUCGUGUUAGUCAAUCCAAGUCGUGGCGAUGAUCACUACCGUACACUUGCUUAAAGACUGACUAUGCUGCUUGGGUCGUUAUCUGGGUUCUGUCUGUAUCUUAUUGUUAGUUGAUGAUAAAAAUAAUGUGUACAACGAUAACAAUAUCCAAUCUCAUAAAAAUACGUUUUAUGUGCGGUUUCAUGUUAUUUCGGUACUGGUUUUUUAUAGCUAUGUUAUGAACGUAUUGUUGUUGUAUCUUAAUGCAAUUGAUGUCAUGGAUUUAACUA